AUGGGCAAUGCUGCUCUCUGCCCCUCGUGCCACGCCAGCAAGAGCGUGAAGGCCCCGGGGCACUGGCAGGAGGCAGACAGAGCCCCCGACUACUACGGCUGCCCCAGCGAGGACGCCCCGGAGCUGGGGGCGCGGUCGGACAGCAAUGCCAGCUUCCUGCGUGCGGCCCGCGCCGGCAACCUGGACAAGGUGGUGGAGUUCCUGAAGGGCGGCGUGGACAUCAACACCUGCAACCAGAAUGGACUCAACGCCCUCCACCUGGCGGCCAAGGAGGGGCACGUGGGGCUGGUGCAGGAGCUGCUGGGCAGAGGGUCGGCCGUGGACUCUGCCACCAAGAAGGGAAACACGGCUCUCCACAUCGCCUCGCUGGCGGGACAGGCGGAGGUCGUCAAAGUGCUGGUCAAGGAAGGAGCCAACAUCAACGCGCAGUCCCAGAACGGCUUCACGCCCCUGUACAUGGCUGCCCAGGAGAACCACAUCGAGGUCGUGAAGUACCUGCUGGAGAAUGGCGCCAACCAGAGCACCGCCACCGAGGAUGGCUUCACGCCGCUGGCGGUGGCGCUGCAGCAGGGCCACAACCAGGCGGUGGCUGUGCUCCUGGAGAACGACACCAAGGGCAAGGUGCGGCUGCCCGCCCUGCACAUCGCCGCCCGCAAGGACGACACCAAGUCCGCGGCGCUGCUGCUGCAGAACGACCACAACGCGGACGUGCAGUCCAAGAUGAUGGUGAAUAGGACGACUGAGAGUGGCUUCACGCCCCUGCACAUCGCCGCCCACUACGGCAACGUCAACGUGGCCACCCUCCUGCUCAACCGGGGUGCCGCUGUGGACUUCACCGCGCGGAACGGGAUCACCCCUCUGCACGUGGCCUCCAAACGGGGAAACACGAACAUGGUGAAGCUCCUGCUGGACCGUGGAGGUCAGAUCGACGCCAAAACCAGGGACGGGCUGACGCCGCUGCACUGCGCGGCCCGGAGCGGGCACGACCCGGCGGUGGAGCUGCUGCUGGAGCGGGGUGCGCCCCUGCUGGCCAGGACCAAGAACGGGCUGUCCCCGCUGCACAUGGCCGCGCAGGGCGACCACGUGGACUGCGUCAAGCACCUGCUGCAGCACAAGGCGCCCGUGGACGAUGUCACACUGGACUACCUGACGGCCCUGCACGUGGCUGCGCACUGCGGCCACUACCGCGUCACCAAGCUGCUUCUGGACAAGCGGGCCAACCCCAACGCCCGAGCCCUGAACGGCUUUACUCCGCUGCACAUUGCCUGCAAGAAAAACCGCAUCAAAGUCAUGGAGCUGCUGGUGAAAUACGGGGCUUCCAUCCAGGCGGUCACCGAGUCGGGCCUCACGCCUAUACACGUGGCCGCCUUCAUGGGCCACCUGAACAUUGUGCUGCUGCUGCUGCAGAACGGCGCCUGCCCCGACGCCACUAACAUUCGUGGGGAGACAGCGCUGCACAUGGCGGCCCGGGCAGGCCAAGUGGAGGUGGUGCGAUGCCUGCUGCGCAACGGCGCCCUCGUCGACGCCAGAGCCCGGGAGGAGCAGACGCCUCUGCACAUUGCCUCGCGCCUGGGCAAGACGGAGAUCGUGCAGCUGCUGCUCCAGCACAUGGCACACCCGGACGCGGCCACCACGAAUGGGUACACGCCCCUACACAUCUCCGCCCGGGAAGGCCAGGUGGACGUGGCCUCGGUCCUCCUGGAGGCAGGGGCUGCCCACUCCUUGGCUACCAAGAAAGGCUUCACCCCGCUGCACGUGGCCGCCAAGUACGGCAGCCUGGACGUGGCCAAGCUGCUGCUGCACCGGCGGGUGGCGGCCGACUCCGCGGGGAAGAACGGCCUGACCCCGCUGCACGUGGCCGCCCACUAUGACCACCAGGAGGUGGCUGUGCUGCUGCUGGAGAGAGGCGCCUCCCCUCACGCCACCGCCAAGAAUGGCUACACUCCCCUACACAUCGCUGCCAAGAAGAACCAGAUGCAAAUCGCAUCCACGCUUCUCAGCUACGGGGCCGAGACGAAUGUCGUGACUAAGCAGGGCGUGACCCCGCUGCACCUGGCCUCCCAGGAGGGGCAUGCAGACAUGGUCACCUCACUCCUGGACAAGGGUGCCAAUGUCCACACAUCGACCAAGAGCGGUCUCACAGCCUUGCACCUCGCAGCCCAGGAGGACAGAGUGAAUGUUGCUGACAUUCUCGUCAGGCACGGGGCGGACCAGGAUGCCCACACGAAGCUCGGUUAUACUCCUUUAAUUGUGGCCUGUCACUAUGGAAACGUGAAAAUGGUCAACUUCCUUUUGAAGCAUGGAGCCAAUGUCAACGCCAAAACCAAGAGUGGCUACACGCCCCUGCACCAGGCCGCACAGCAGGGCCACACACACAUCAUCAAUGUGCUGCUGCAGCACGGAGCACGGCCCGAUGCCACCACCACGAAUGGCAACACGGCCCUGGCCAUCGCUAAACGGCUGGGCUACAUCUCAGUGGUCGACACCCUGAAGGUUGUGACGGAGGAGGUCACCACCACCACGACAACUAUCACUGAGAAACACAAGCUGAAUGUUCCUGAGACCAUGACAGAGGUGCUUGACGUUUCUGACGAAGAGGCUCUUAAACAGUCUGGUGACCGCGUUAUUGAUGGGGAAGUACUUAGUGACUCAGGAGACGACACGAUGACGGGGGACGGCGGCGAGUACCUGCGGCCCGAGGACCUAAAGGAGCUGGGUGACGACUCGCUGCCCAGCAGCCAGUUCCUGGACGGGCUGAGCUACCUGCGCUACAGCCUGGAGGGCGGGCGCUCCGACAGCCUCCGGUCCUUCAGUUCCGACAGGUCGCACACCCUGAGCCACGCCUCCUACCUGAGGGAUAGCGCCAUGAUCGACGACGCCGUUGUGAUCCCCAGCCACCAGGUGUCCGCGCUCGCCAAGGAGGCGGAGAGGAACUCGUACCGCCUCAGCUGGGGCCCCGAGCACCUGGACAAUGUGGCCCUUUCUUCCAGCCCCAUCCACUCAGGCCGCACCUCUCCAUGUCUCGACCGUGACAACAGCAGCUUCCUGGUCAGCUUCAUGGUGGACGCCCGCGGGGGCGCCAUGCGCGGCUGCAGACACCACGGGCUCCGCAUCAUCAUCCCGCCGAGGAAGUGCACGGCCCCCACACGGGUCACCUGCCGCCUGGUGAAACGCCACCGCCUGGCGACCAUGCCCCCAAUGGUGGAGGGAGAAGGCCUGGCCAGCCGCCUGAUCGAAGUCGGACCCUCUGGCGCACAGUUCCUGGGUAAACUCCACCUGCCAGCGGCUCCCCCCCCACUUAAUGAGGGAGAAAGCUUGGUCAGCCGCAUCCUUCAGCUGGGGCCUCCUGGAACCAAGUUCCUUGGGCCCGUCAUCGUGGAGAUCCCGCACUUCGCUGCCCUGCGAGGGAAGGAGAGGGAGCUGGUGGUGCUGCGGAGCGAGAACGGGGACAGCUGGAAGGAGCACUGCUGUGAGCACACGGAGGACGAGCUCAACGAGAUCCUCAACGGCAUGGACGAGGUGCUGGACAGUGCUGAGGACCUGGACCGUAAGCGCAUCUGCCGCAUCGUCACGCGUGACUUCCCGCAGUACUUCGCUGUGGUAUCCCGCGUCAAGCAGGACAGCCACCUGAUCGGGCCCGAGGGCGGCGUGCUGAGCAGCACGGUGGUCCCGCAGGUGCAGGCGGUGUUCCCCGAGGGUGCGCUGACCAAGCGGAUCCGCGUGGGCCUGCAGGCGCAACCUGUGCAUGGCGAGCUGGUGAAGAAGAUCCUUGGGAACAAAGCGACCUUCAGCCCGAUCGUCACCUUGGAGCCCAGACGAAGGAAGUUCCACAAGCCGAUCACCAUGACCAUCCCCAUCCCCAAAGCUGCCAGCGACGUCAUGCUGAAUGGUUUUGGGGGAGAUGCUCCAACCUUGAGACUUCUGUGCAGCAUAACAGGUGGGACCACCCCUGCGCAGUGGGAAGACAUCACCGGCACCACGCCGCUAACCUUUGUCAACGAGUGUGUCUCCUUCACCACCAACGUGUCUGCCAGGUUCUGGCUGAUCGAUUGUCGGCAAAUCCAGGAAUCCGUCACCUUCGCCUCCCAAGUGUACAGGGAGAUCAUCUGCGUCCCAUACAUGGCCAAGUUCGUGGUGUUCGCCAAGUCGCACGACCCCAUCGAGGCGCGGCUGCGGUGCUUCUGCAUGACGGACGACAAGGUGGACAAGACGCUGGAGCAGCAGGAGCACUUCGCGGAGGUGGCCCGCAGCCGGGACGUGGAGGUGCUGGAGGGAAAACCCAUCUACGUUGACUGUUUCGGCAAUCUCGUGCCGUUAACCAAGAGUGGCCAACAUCACAUAUUCAGCUUUUUUGCCUUUAAAGAAAACAGACUUCCUCUCUUUGUCAAGGUACGAGACACGACUCAGGAACCAUGCGGACGACUAUCAUUUAUGAAGGAGCCGAAAUCCACGCGAGGCCUGGUGCACCAAGCCAUCUGCAACUUAAACAUCACCCUGCCUGUCUACGUCAAGGAGUCCGAGUCGGAUCAGGAGCCGGAGGAAGAGGUUGAUGUGACAUCGGAAAAAAACGAUGAGACAGAGUCGACAGAAACAUCUGUCCUGAAAAGCCAGCUGGUCACUGAGGCCCCAGCCCUGGCGAGCCCGGACCUGCUCUCGGAAGUCUCUGAGAUGAAGCAGGGCCUGCUGAAGAUGAGUGCCCUGCUGACCACAGACGCGGCCGACAGGGCGGGGCCGCUCAGGGACAAGGAGCCGGCUGGGCCCGCCCAGGAGGAGCCGGGGGAGCCCUUUGAAAUCGUGGAGAAAGUGAAGGAGGACUUAGAGAAGGUGAACGAGAUCCUGAGGGGGGGGUGCUCCGAGGGGGAAGGCCAUGAGCCGGGGCCCCAGCCGGAGCGGGAGCUGCCGGACGAGGAGUGGGUAGUUGUCAGUGACGAGGAGAUAGCGGAGGCCAAGCAGAGGGCACCCCUGGAGGUCCCCGAGGUCCCCUGUGUGGAAGUUAGACUAGCGAGGGAGACCCCAGCUCAGGGACAGAAGGAUGCCACGGGGCUGGUAAACUACCUCAUUGAGGACCUGAGCUCCUACGCGGCCUCUCCCGAAGGGGCCCCGCAGCCAGGGCGCCAUGUGGCCGGGGACCGGCACGCUGGGAGCCAAGGGAAGGGUGUUCCCCGAGAUGGGACGCAGAGGACGCAGAAAGAGCACAGGCCGGGCCUGGGCAUGAAGAAGCCAGUGCGAAGGAAGCUGACGGAAAACCUGAAGCAGAAAGAGGAGGGUUCGCAGGCCGGCACAGGGAAGCCGGGGCUGAGAAAGGGCAGUUCGGAGGAAUCCGUGGAGGAGGACGCCGAGUUAGCUCCGGAGCCGCUGCCCGCGGGGAAGGCCACGUCUCCGUUGGUGGAAGAGACGCCCAUCGGCUCCAUCAAGGACAAAGUGAAGGCCCUUCAGAAGCGGGUGGAGGAUGAGCAGAAAGGUCGAAGCAAGCUGCCCAUCAGAGUCAAGGGCAGAGAGGAGGUGCCCCGGAGGGCCAGCCCCAGGCUGCCACCAGCCGCCUCGCCCCCUCUGAAGUCCGACAGGCGGGCACCUGCCCCCCCGUCCUCCAAGGCAGACAGACACUCUUCCCUCACCGCCUCCGCCAAGUCUGACCGGCAUCCUCCCACAUCACCACCGAGUAAAACAGACAAACACUCGCCCGUGUCUCCCUCAGCGAAAACCGACAGACACUCACCUGUGUCUCCUUCAACGAAAAACGACAGACACUCGCCCGUGUCUCCUUCAAUGAAAAAUGACAGACACUCACCCACCUCUUCCGCAACAAAAACCGACAGACACUCCGCUGCAUCCUUGUCAGGGAAAAACGGGAAACGCUCACCUGUGUCACCUUCAGGUAGAACAGACAGACACCCACCUGUGUCGCCAUCGGGAAGGACCGAUAAACAUCCACCCGCAUCGCCGGGGCGGACAGACAAGCGCCUGCCCGUGUCCCCGGCGGCCAGAAGGGAAAAGCACGCAGCAGGGCCGGCCCCGGGGAAGGCUGAGCAGCGCCUCUCGGCGUCCCCGUCUGGGAAAACGGCAAAGGCAGCCCCCGUGUCCCCCACCGCAAGAACUGAGCGCAUCGAGGAGACCAUGUCUGUCCGGGAGCUGAUGAAGGCCUUUCAGUCAGGUCAGGACCCGUCCAAACACAAGGCCGGACUCUUCGAGCACAAAUCCCCCAAACCAAAGCAGCCGCAGGAAAAGGGCAGGGCUCCGGCAGAGAAAGGAAAGGGGCAGGUGCCCGCCCAGGGAGAGACACAGAAAAGCGAGAGUCCGCCCCCCGAGCCAGGCCAGAGGUUCCCGGGAGUUGUGGCCACAGGUGCCUCGGGGCCGAGAGAAGACGCCACUGGAGGGAAGGAGCUGGUGUCUGGCCACAGGGUGCCACCACCUGUGGGGCAGGCCCUCGGGGAGGAGCUGGACGAGCGAGGCAAUGGGGACCCCCAGAUCAGCCCCGAUCGCAGAACCUCCACCGACUUCUCGGAGGUGAUUAAGCAGGAGCUGGAGGACAAUGCCCGGUACCAGCAGUUCUGCCACCGGGAGGAGCCGGAGCCGGCGGAGGCGCAGCUGGUCCCGGAGCAGGUGCUCACCAGCCCCUUCCCCAGGGCCUUCCAGCCGGAGCCGGAUAGCGGGGAACUGCUCCCGGGCCUGGCCUUCCGCCUGGACGGCAGCUGGGAGAACCUGCGGCAGGAGGGGGCAGUGGGGUCCCCGUGUGGCAGCCUGAUGGAGGGGACCCCCCAGGCCAGCUCAGAGGAGAGCUACAAGCACGAGGGCCUGGCCGAGACCCCUGAGACCAGCCCAGAGAGCCUUUCUUUCUCCCCAAAGCAGAGCCAGGAGCAACUUGGGGAGCCCAGUGAAACCACCCCCUUAGAAACAGACAUUCAUUCGGGGGAAGAACGGUCCUCCACCAAAGACACUUCCGAUGGCGCCGGAGAGCCUAGAGUGGCUGUCACCAGGGGCUCUGAGCCCGCAGCCAGGGGUGUGAAGGAGGCCACCCCGGACCUUCCCAGAGAGACGGACCCCACCCCCGGGGGCGGCGACCUGGGCUGCUGCGCUGUGUCCCCCGCGGAGAAGGCGCCUGCCCAUCUGACUGAGGACGUGCCCGAUGAGCACGGCCCACCUGCCCACGAGACACGGACUGAGCUCCAAGCUCGGAGACCCACAAGCCCCGAGCCCUUGCUGCCAGAGGCCCCUGUGAGGACCGGCCAGGCCCAGGCAGCCCCCCGCAGCCCCCCAGGCCUGGAGCUGCCCCUCCGUCAGCCAGACACUGAGGUCCUCAGCCCCGGGGCCGACGAGUCCCUGGCCGUGAGCCACCAGGACUCCCUGGAGGCCAGCCCGGUGCUGGAGGACAACUCCUCCCACAAAACCCCGGACUCCCUGGAGCCCAGCCCCCUCCGGGAGUCCCCGUGCCGGGACUCCCUGGAGGGCAGCCCCGUGGAGCCCAAGGUGAAGGCCGGCAUCUUCCCCGGCCACUCUCCUCUCCCGGCCGCUGUCGCCAGAGCAGAGCUGCUCACCGAGGGGGCCUCGGUGCGGGCCCGGCUGCUCCGCGACCCCGACGGUAGCGCCGAGGACGACAGUCUUGAGCAGACAUCCCUCGUGGAGAGCUCAGGGAAGAGCCCCCUGUCCCCCGACACCCCCAGCUCCGAAGAAAUCAGCUACGAGGUCACCCCCAAGGCCUCAGAUGCAAGCCCCCCCAAACCAGCUGUGAUUCAUGAAUGCGCAGAGGAGGACAUGGAAAACGGGGAGAGAAAGAGGUUCACGCCUGAGGAGGAGAUGUUUAAAAUGGUCGCCAAGAUCAAGACCUUUGACGAGCUCGAGCUAGAAGCCAAGCAGAAGAGGGGCCACCGGAGAGAGCCCGAGCCCGAGGGCUCUUCCUCCUCCUCCCAGCCCGACACCGAGCGUCCGGCUGCCGCGGGCGGGCCGCCGCAUGGGCAGCGCCCGGAGGACAGGCGUGAUGUCCCUGUGGUGGUGACUGCCGGCAGCAGGACGACCUCCUCCUCCUCGGAGAGCGAGCCGGAGCUGAGGCUGCCGAGAGCGGGUGCUGAGCCGGGCCUGCUCCCGGAGCCGGUCAUCCACGUGCAGCCGCCGUCCCCGCUCCCGUCCAGCGUGGACUCCGGCUCCAGCCCCGAGGAAAUGCCCUUCCAGCCCCCGGCCUCCAAGCAGUACACGUUCAGGGUGAGCGAGGAUGCGGAGGGGCCCGGGGAGUCGGGAGAAGAAGCGUGCACAUCUCAUCUGCCUGAAGGCAGCCAGGUGGGUCCCCCCGGGGGCCCGGACCCGGCUUCCGACGGCCUGAACAGAGAUGCUGACCAACCCCAACCCUGCACGGGCCUUGGGUGUGAAGCGGGGAGCCCAGGCAGCUUGGCCUCGCCCAGCCCUUCAGGUCCCAGUGGCGCCCCCCAUGCUGAGGUCCCCGAGGAGCUGGCUGGCUGGGAGGAGCCAUCGGCCCCGCAGGCCCCGCAGGAGAAGGACUCGGAGGGAGAGGCGCGCCGCGUGUCUGCAGUGGCAUCUCCAGGAGCUGUGCUCCCCAGCGAAGGCUCUUCACCUCCGCCCCCUGGGCCUGGUGGUCCAGCAUCUGAAGGAAAAGGGUCAGAUGAAGAUGUCGUCUCUGCAUCUCCCACCACAGAACCAGAGGCCGCAGGAGCCGGCCACACUCCCAAGGGGCUCCCCAGGGCCUGUCCCACGCUUGCCGCCGCCAUCACCACAGACACACUGUCCACGGACAGUCCAGGCUCUGACCGAGCUGAGACUGAGGACAUCUGUGACCUUCAGGUCACCAGCCCGUAUGAAAACGUUCCUCCCCAGUCUUUUUUCUCCAGCGAAGAAAGCCAAGCCCAGACGGAGGCGAGACACCCGCGUUUCCACGCGACAGAAGUGUCUUCUGUGGCCGUCACGGCCUCGGUGGGAGGUGUGGCGGAGGCCAGCUCCUCCCGGGCAGCUGUGCCAAGCAGAGAGUUCAGUUUGGAGGGCCAGAGCAUGGAGGUGGAAUCCACGCAAGAAAGCACCUCGUGGGAGACGCAGUCGGAUGGCGCCCCUGUGUCCGGCGGGCCCCCGCGGCCCUGCACCUCGGCGGUCCCCGGCGAGCAUGUGAGCACAGUCGUCAUCACCACCAGCCACGUGGACUCCGAUUCCUGGAGUGAGAUCCGCGAGGAUGACGAAGCCUUCGAGGCCCGCGUGAAGGAGGAGGAGCAGAAGGUGUUCGGUCUGAUGGCAGAAAGACAGUCCCAGGGCACCACCCCAGACACCACGCCCGCCCGGACCCCCACCGAAGAGGGGACCCCAACCGGUGACCAGAACCCCUUCCUGUUUCAGGAGGGCAAGUUGUUUGAGAUGACCCGGAGCGGCGCCAUCGACAUGACCAAGAGGUCCUACGCGGAUGAUGGUUUUCACUUUUUCCAAAUUGGGCAGGAGUCCAGGGAGGAGACCAUCUCUGAGGACGUGGCAGGAGGCGGGGCUGCCGCCGAGCCCUCAGGGCCGGAGCCACCGGCUCGGUCACUGGCACUUUCAGAAUCAAAAGACACAGAUGAGGCUGACUUGUUCCCCGAUGGCCUGAGUGAGGAGGGAGAGGGAACCCUGGCUUCGGAUGGUCACUUUCGCUCCCCAACAGGGAUCCCAGCCUCCGUGGACACGUCGGUUGCCUCUGUGGGCACCGAGGACCUGACCCCUGUGACCGGGGGCACCACGCCUCCUCCGCCCGCUGUCCAGGUCCUGACAGACGUCGCCACAGUCACUGGGUCCGGAUUCUUAGGACAGGAUGGUGGCUCUCCUGACUCCUCCCCAGAGGAGCAGAAGUCAGUCAUUGAGAUCCCCACGGCAGCUGCAGAGAGCGUGCUUCCUCCUGAGAGCCAGGCCCAGGUCCUGGUCAGGCCCGGGCCCCCUGCCACCCCCGCCUCGGCCCCUGCAGAGGAGAGCCUGCUGCCCAGCCCAGGCGAAGACAGGAGAGAGCAGGAGACAAAGCCCAAGUCUAAAAUCCCCGUGAAGGCGCCCCCCCAAGCAGCUGGGCUGCAGCCUUUGCAUCUGAACUCCUCCCUGCAGAAGACAGGGCCGCCUCAGGGACAGGACGCGCCAGGCAGGGCCGCAGAUGACAGGGGCACCUCUGAGUCAGAUGCCAGCCCUUUGGACCCAAAGACCAAGAGUCCAGCGAAAGCGCCAAGCUGUGCUGAGGCCGAAGCAGAAAGUGGGGAGUGGGCAGAGGAGUUCCCGCUCGAGUCAGAGGCCGCAGCCUCGAGACCCAAGGUGUUUGCCUCCCGCCUGCCGGUGAAGAGCAGAGGCGCCCCAAGCCCCACCCGGGAGAGCAGGGAGCGCUUCCUUGACCUUUACAGGGACUCCAUAGAAUUCUUCGAGGAGAUUAGCGAUGAGGCGUCCAAGCUAGUGGACAGACUCAGCCAGGCAGAGAGGGAGCGGGAGGCAGUCUCGGAUGACGAGAGCAGUAGUGCCCUGGACGCCUCGGUGAUCGAGAGCCUGCCACCUGCCGAGCCCGAGCGCUCGGGCCCUGAGGACAUCUUUGACACCAGGCCCAUCUGGGAUGAGUCCAUUGAGACUCUGAUUGAGCGCAUCCCCGAUGAGAGUGGCCAUGACCCCACUGAAGAUCAGCAGGAUGCACAGGAGCGGAUGGAGGAGCGGCUGGCCUACAUCGCCGACCACCUGGGCUUCAGCUGGACAGAAUUGGCCAGAGAGCUGGACUUCUCUGAGGAGCAGAUCCACCAGAUCCGGGUGGAGAACCCCAACUCCCUGCAGGACCAGAGUCACGCGCUGCUGAAGUAUUGGCUGGAGCGGGACGGGAAGCUCGCCACCGACACCAGUCUCAUCGAGUGCCUCACCAAGAUCAACCGCAUGGACAUUGUGCAUCUCCUGCAGACCAACACGGAGCCGCUCCUGGAGCGCGCCAGCCACAGCUACGCCGAGAUGGAGCAGACCAUCACGCUGGACCACAGCGAAGGGUUCUCGGUGCUGCAAGACGAGCUGCCCGCGAGGCACCAGCAGGCUCACAAGCACGCAGCGUCCAGAGAAGGCGAGGCCUGUGGUCACCCCCCCAUCGUCUCUGACGAAGACCUCUCCGUCAGCUACUCCGCGUUCCAGGAUGGCACCUCCAGGACGGAUGGGGACAGCCCCACUGGGGAGCGCCUGCCCCGGGAGCGGGUGCACGGGGGCCUGGCGGGGACAGGGACGCCCGAGGAGCCGGCUCCGGAGCUGCAGCAGCAGUGCUGUGUGACAGCCCCGUGGACACCAGGGUCAGACACCGAAAAGGCCACGGCGGCCCCUGGCUCUCCCAGCAGGACCCCCGAGGAGCACAGGCCCCGCCCGCCGCCCUGGGAGCGGGCAGACUCGCCCCUCGUGCAGGAGCCCGCGGAGCCCGCGGAGCUCAGGGGCGCCGGCUCUCCAAGGAGGCACAGCCUAGUGAUCGUGGAGUCGGCCGAUGAGCAGCCUCCGGCCUUCGAGAGCCUCGACGAAGACUCGGCGUUUCAAAAGGAGCUCACGGCCGAGCUGGGUGGGCUGGAAGCCAGCUCCGAUGAGGAGGCGCUGGUCACCACCAGGGUUGUCCGCCGGCGGGUGAUCAUUCAGGGAGACGACAUGCCUGACUUGCCCCCAGAAACGGUCACGGAGGAGACCUACGUGGACGAGCACGGGCACACGGUGGUGAAGAAGGUCACCAGGAAGGUCAUCCGGCGGUUCGUGUCCUCGGACGGCACCGAGCGGGAGGAGGUCACCGUGCAGGGGCCGCCCCAGGAGCCCGUCCGCGUCGAGGACGGGGACGGCUACUCCAAGGUCAUAAAGCGCGUGGUGCUGAGGAGCGACACCGAGCAGUCCGAGGUGGCCGUGUCCGAGCCCGGCGCCCUGUGCGAGGCCUCGCAGUUCCAGGCGGAGCCCGUGGAGGGCCGCCGAGUCAGCAAAGUCGUCAAAACGACGGUGGUGCGUGGAGAGAGGAUGGAGAAGCAUCUGGGGGACCCCCGUGUCGCCCCCGACCUUCCCUCAGCCAAAGACGACUUCGAGCAGGCUCUGAGUUACACAGGCCGCCACGAGCAGGUCCACGCCCCCAGCUUAGUAGAGGAGGAAGUCCUGAGAGAGGAUGGAUCGGUCGUUAAAAGGACGACGCUCCGUAAGGCCCGCACGCAGACGCGGGCCGUGGUGAGGGACCGGCGUGGGAAGCGCGUGCACCUGGAGUCCCUGGAGGAUGUGCCCGCGGCCCUGCAGCAGGACGACCUCCAGCGCGACCUCCAGCGGCUCCUGCGGCACUUCCAACGGGACGACCUGGAGCGGGAGGCCCCGUGAGAGCCCUGCGCACACCGGACCCCUCAGCCACGGCCCGUCGUCAGAGCACCUGCCUGCCGUGCCCCCACCCCCACGCUGAGCACACGCUGCCCUGGUCAGUGCCCCCCUCACUGUAAGCUACUGGGUGACCAAAGAGAGCCUCCUCCCCCGGGGCCGGUCCCGACUGCGGCAUCCGGGCGCCUUGGGAACUGGCGCUCUCCUCCGCUUCGCCUCGCUCCUCCGGAGCCUUCGACCCUGGGCUCCCGCAGACUCCCCUGGCGGCAGGCGGCAGGCGGGGGUCCCGCAAGGGCGUCUGGGUACAUGUACAUAGAAAACGCUCAGAUGAGCACACGUUAGAUGAGAGCCACGGCCUGGCGUCACCACAUGGGCAGGGGGACCCAGGGCCCUAGAAACGGCUGGACACAACCGAAGGGUGACACGCCCGCUGCAGGAGAGGCACUUCGACCACCAUCCUGACUCCAGCGCAGCCAUCGCCUGGGAGCCGCCGGGCAGGCCGGGAGCCGGCCAUCCAGGUGCUAGCAGCUGCCCGGGCCUUCUGGCACCUUCAGGUCUCUGAUUUCGGACACGUUGGCAGGGUAUGGACAAGCUGUAACGGCUGUGGUCUCCAGAUCUCAUUGCUGCUUAGCCAACCGCGCUGUCUUACCCGCGGCCCCUCCUCCGGCCGCGGCUCUGUAGAUAGGACAUUGGGAACAGGAUCUGCCCAGACACACACGCUCCGACUCCUCGCCGUGGGGGAGUGGCCCCCCGCCUCUUUCUCCGGGUUCCCUCUCCACUGACACCUGCAUGCAGCAUCUGAAACCCUUGCCCUCGGACCCUCUUCCCGGGGAGGUGGCUGUUUCAUGUCCCUCCCCCAGAGCCAGCUCGUCUCACUCCUCAGCGAGGGCUGCGGGCUGGCAGGAGGGAGGGAGGCGUCCUCACCGCUUCGGAUUUGGUUAAAGGGUUGCGGUUACUUAUUUCAAAUCCAAACUCCCUUAGGAACCAGGGGCGCCUGUGUGCACCUCCCUGGGCGUGCGUUUCAGAGGGCGACCCCCGCCCCGUCCUCAUCCCCUCGCGUAUGCAAGUAUAUGCCUAUUACAGACACAUCUCUGGGUCAGUUAUUUAUUCAAGAAAAGUGUAUCCCACGGAGAUGACGUUUAAAACCAACCCGGGCUCUGUCCUCGCGGAUGGAGCCCUUCCCGACUCCAGGUGGUCUUUUCCUGUCGUGCGGAAAUGAGCCGCUGCUCCCAAGGUCACGACAAGGACACAGGGCCGCUGCGUCCCCACCAGGGGUUUCCUGGGAGUCACGAGCCAGGCCCAACCCCAGUGCCCGCACGUAGGGCCUCCGGGCAGGAAGGGAGCAUCGCUCUGGCAGCCGAAACGCGGGAGGCCGGCGGGAUGUGGAGACGCCGCCCUCAGACCCUCGUUUCCGUGGUGUGGCUUGCAGUGCCGGUGGCGUCCGUGGCAGCAUCCCGUCCUUCCCCUCUGUUUGGAAUUUUGCUGUGUGAUCAGAAACCUUGAAUACUGUGAGAAGAAGUGGCUUUUCAGUUGACGAAUCAGCAUCUUGUUCCCAUGGUGAUAACCCUAACUGAGUGUACCUAUGAGGGCAUGUAUCCGUUAACGGGGAAGUCCCACACUAACCACACGUAGCUGCACACCGUGUACAAUGGCUGAUUAACCUAAAUAAAGUGUACCA